AUGGAAGACAAAAUAUCACUUUUUGAUAAAUCUGAAAAGAAGAUUGAUAUUUACCAGGAGGCGACAAUGUCUGGUCUCCAAAAUCCUUUAAGUGUUUUUCAAAUGUCUGAAUUACAAGAAAUCGGUGAUAAGAAACAACAGCAAACAGUACUAGAAGAGUGCGAGGAGGAAUCAGAUAAUAAUGAGGGCGUCAUCCCUUCAAUUGAAAAUAAAAUUGAUAUCAAUUCUAAACGAGAGAAAGGCAAGAUAAGAUCAAGAAAAUCGAGAGCACGCAAGAAGGCCUAUAUAGAACAACUUGAAGCUAAGAUUGAGAAGCUUGAAGCCGAAAAUUUCAGGCUCCAGAACUUACUAGUAUCAUAUAGAAAUGACAAAUUGGAAGUCUUAAACAAAGAUUCUUAUAAUUUUAUGCAAUCAUCUCAAGGUCUUAAGAAUCAAUCUUUAGAAAGGAUUGCUAUUUUUGCACCAUCUGAACUUACCAAAAAUGAGAAACUAUCCGUAUAUCAAGACUUUGAAGAAGUUAUAUCUAAGCUGAUACCUCAGCAUCGUGAUUUUUUGGAUACAACAUUUGAAGCUUUGAUCAACAGCCCUUUUCCUGGGUUUAAGAUGAAACAUUGGGGAGAUUUAGGAGACACCCCAAUAAAGAGCUUUGAAGUUAUUCAAAAAUAUUUGAAAUUGCCCAAGACUCAUAUAGAAGAUUACAAAGAAGAGCAUAGUAUGACUCCUUCAGAUAUAAUGAUUGCUUCUCUAAAACCAAACAAGAAGCAAUACAAUUUCCUUGUAAACCUCUUUACAAGAGAGAGGCUAAUAAUGAACAAAUUCAAAAACGGCAUCAAACUGUUACUAGAAGCAAAGAAGAUUUUUGAAGAAACAAUUCCGAGCUUAAUGAUCACUAUAAGAUACUUCUUAAAAUCUGGUAUUUUUACAGAUGAAGAAAUUCGUGACUCCAAAAUUACAGAAGCAUUCAUCUCCAAAGACAAUGCUUAUAAUGAUAUCUGGAAGAUCAAGGUCCAAAGGACUUGCUGCAGAGACGACCUGGCAGACUGCCCCAUAGUCGGGAAGACAGCCACUAAGAGGUUCAGGAAGAAGGAAAGGAUCGAAGAGAUAUGGUACAACCAUUUCUUUAUGGAUUAA